AUGAAUAUCGGCCCUUUCUUGUUCUUCAUUCAACUUCUAUGGUCGAUCCCACACUUGCCAAUAUUCAAGUCGACUAACGCAUCUCGCUUCAAAGUUCGCUCAUUACCAGAUAGUCCGGCUCUGCCGACUAGCUGGGCCGGACGAUUGCCAGUGCCGGGAAGAAAAGAUGGGAACGAGAUCUUCUUCUGGCUGUUCGAAGCAGAGAAUAAAGCAUACGAUGAUACAUUCAUCAUUUGGUUCAACGGCGGACCAGGUUGCUCGUCGCUAGUAGGACUAAUGGGCGGCAAUGGUCCUAUUUCCUUCGACGGGAAUUCAACCUUACUCGAACACAAUCCCUACUCCUGGACACAGCUUGGCCAUGUCCUAUACGUGGACCAGCCGGUUGGCACGGGGUUUUCCACCGCCAGCAAUCCUUACCCUGUCACGACUAACGAGAUGAUCACAGCGGACUUUGUGGCAUGGUUGAACGGCUUUUUUACAUACUUCCCACACCUCCAGUCCAAAAGAAUUCAUUUGAUGGGAGAGUCCUAUGCAGGCAUCUACAUACCCUACUUCACUGCCGCCCUAGUCGAGAGCAAUACUUCGCAUCCGCUUGACAUUCGCUCCAUGUCACUCGGGGACGGAUCUUGGGGGAAUGCAGCAGCAAUGUCCUCUGUUGCAAUGGGCGCAUACAUGCGUUCACAGGCAACAGCACUCAAAUUGCCCAGUGACAUCCUCUCAGCCUUUAACGCUGCAGAUCAGAGCUGCGGUUUCGAUGAUGUCCUCGCCCAGGCGCAGAUCUACCCGCCCAAGGGUAAAAUCAAUAUCCCUGGAAACCCGGAGAACUUCAAUUAUCGGCGACGUCGGCGGGAUAUGACGGAUGUUCUGAACGCUUCGUGCAGCAUAUCUCCGAAGACAGUUGCGGAUGUGAAUGAGUCGAUUUUCAACUCAACAUGCUACGGUCCAUGUGCAACGUACUCCACCGCGAUGGACUAUGUAGAUACUGCUUCCGCUGGCGGAACGGGGAUCCCAUGCUUCGACGUCUAUGACAUCCAUCAUGACUGCAGCACAAUUGAUACAUUGACCCUGAUGGCUGAAUACUUCAGCCGUGCCGACGUUCAGGCUGCCUUGCACGUUAGCGGUCGCGGGACCUACGGUGCUUGCAACUCGACGAUAUUGGGUACACUGCUCGGUGCGCCGUCGGCGGUACCCCCGGCGUACUCAAUCCUACCAAAUCUGGUCACAGAGCGCAGUAUCUCACUGCACAUCUACAAUGGCGAGUGGGAUAUGUUGCUCAAUCAUAUCGGUACCGAACUGUCUAUCCAGAAUAUGACAUGGCGUGGCGCACAAGGGUUCUCCACGAAACCGCAGCAGUUGUUUUAUGUCGACGAUGCCAUGCCAAUGAACAGCUCGGAUAUGACGGGACCAGGAGGGAGGAAUGCGACGACUAAAGUGGCCGGGAACUGGGCAGAAGAGCGAGGUGUCUCGUAUCAUCUGUUUCGGGGGGCAGGGCACAGUGUAUUUGCAAACAAGCCCCGCGAGAUGUUCGCAUACGUUCGUGACGUGGUGGUUGGAGCGAGAAAUGGUUGGUAGGAGUUCAUUUUCCUCGAUGAUCUUGGAAUGCG